AGCGCCAGAACAGGUUCGAGGCUCUCUGGGCCUACUCGUCAUGGUGGAGCUGUCGUCCAUGUCGCGGAAGGAAAGGAGGAAACCCCGCCAAAACCCCCGCCGCGUCUUCCUUCCUUCCACUCCCGUCCUCCCGACCCCUGUCCGCCUCGCUUGCAAAAUGCAAACCCUAGUUCGUUCGUCUCUCCCUGCUUCAUCGUGGGCGGGUGCAGGCAGCUGUUGAAGUGGGGAUUGACAUUGAUGAUGGCUCUACUCUUUUGAAGCUGGCAUCAAAAGUUGAUUCCAUCAUAGAAUCUCUUGAGAAUGAUAAGCAGAAGGUCGGGGUUGGCGCUGAGAUUUCAAGGGAGGCUCUGAACCAUCUGCUUAAUUUGAUUUCAAAGAAGAUGAUUGUGUUAACUGCAGUGCUGUCUGUGAACUUGGCAUACCUUCUCGUCGAUGGUUGCGGCUUAGCUGUAUAUAAGAUCUGAAAACUAUCUUUGCAAUCAAUCAGUGGUUCUGCCAGUGGCGGCUUGAAGUAUGGAUAUAGUGCUGGUAAGUACGAGGACUUGAUCGCUUCGCUGGUGGAACUAUUGGCCCCACUAAGGUAUGCCAUUAUAUAUAAUGGGAGUUUUGGUUACCGGUACUUAAACAAAGAUAAAUCAUCUCUGCUUUCUUUUUAAAUUGUGGACUAACUAACACCCAUAAUAAUAGAUGUCCUUCUCUACGGAUUAACUCUGCUGCCACUUACAUACAUACAUCUGCUUGAAAUGAGAAAAGAAAAGGAAAAAAAAGGGGUCAAAUGCUCCUGGAAACGAACAACAAUAGAGCUAGAGAGGAAAUGAGCUCCAAGCUGAAUUCCUUCAGUUCAGUUCGUUUGUUUUUAGAUAUCGGCGCUUGGGUUUCUGGGACACGCUGCACCGCUACUGCUGUUGGGGGCGUGGUUGUUGAGUAAGCCAGUGGCCAGCGCUGCAUGCACUCUGGUGCCUAGCUAGCCUCUGCAGACCUGCAAGCUUUUUUGACCGCUCCAGUGUUCUUAGUAUUUUGUCUAGUAGGGCGGGGUCACGAUCGCCGGUCCUUGGAUUCUAAAAGCUGCGCUCCGGAUUUGUUCUCGAUGAUGGGCAAUCGGACGGACGAAAGAGGAGGAGGAGGAGGAGGCGCCGUGCAACCCAGCUUCUGUAUCUGUUCUCCUCUCCUGGCUGCUACGUACUCCAGGUAUGCAUGUCAUGUGACUGGGGUGGAGGAGGAGAGCAACGGAUAGAGGAGCAGGCAUCAUGACGCGCGCCCAUCGGAUGCCCCUGCCCUGCACCUGCGCGCGUGGCAGUUUGUUUUGUGCUGGCGUGCAGUGCGCUGCGAUCUUUUGGCAAAUCCAGUGGACGAGGGACCUUCAGUCUCUCUUGGGUCUCGUCCAGCCAGCAACCGGAGGGAGGAGGGCAGAGGCAGCACCAGCAAGGACUCCUCCCAGCCGGACAACAGCGGGUGACCCACUUUGAAACCGUCCGUCCGUGCCGUUGCCGUGUUUGCCCAGCCAUCGUCCGGGGAUCUACUAGAGGGAGAGACCCCCAGAGCAGAGCCCAGACGCCACCCCCAGCCACAUCCCACAGACCACUGUGCUGCCCUGCAUGGAAAGCUGUGAACUGUCUGUCGCUCGCUCGCUGGCUGCCGCAUACUAUACUACUACUGGCGUGUCGACGUGCAGCCGCAGCCGGCAGCGGCGCACGCACGCCUGCUGCCUGCUCCGAUCAUCGUCUCCGCCGCGUGUUGCGUGUAGUGCAGCCGAUCCUCCCCGCUUCAACACGCUAGUAAGAUGCACAACAAUAUGCUUGUCUUAUGUUGGUUUCGCAAGGCGUUGUGGUUUUUUGGAUGAUCCAUGUAACGAACCCUUCUCUGUUAGAUUAUCUGAUAACCUAGGCAGAUGUCCCUCGUAGGGUUGGUUCCGAACACUUUGCUAUGCGUGGUUUUCUAGUUUGAUAUAUCUGGACAUGUUGUAUUUCUAGUUCAAAAAAAAAAAGAUGCACAACAAUAUAUAUAUAGGGGAUAAUAAAGAGAAAAGAUUCACGGACAUGGUAUUCAGAUUUCAGAGCACGGACGACACCUUGCAUUGGGAGGAUAGACUAGAGACACAGCUGGGGCAUGAUGACUACUUGUCCAGCUUAAACUAACCUCGUACCCUAAACGCAAGCAACCAUGCCAGACAGCAGUAGUACCUUCCUUUCCUUUCAAGGCAGCGCAGCCACAACCCAUAGCCACUGCGGACUUUGCAAUGGUAGCUGCAACGUCUUUAUUCGCACAACACACACAGUUGUUGCAUUGCAUGCAUCCGCCUGAUUCGUGUACUGUGUUGUACGUACGUAUUGCUUCUUUCAACUCAUUCGGCACUGUACUGUACACGUCGCCACAAGGAUUUCGAGAUUAUUGCCAACCAUGCCGGCGGCCCCUAUGAUAUGAUGGAUGGAUAUACGAGAUGCGGAGAAAAUCCAAUCCCUCUCUCUCGGCCACCUUUUGCGCAAUGGCUGCUGCUGCUGAGUUGGUGCUAUAUCCCACUCAUGUGUCACGUUAGCAUUCUCUUUCCUCCUAUAUCUCCACGCUCUACAGCGGUCCCCCAUAUAUCAAACCUUUAUACCCUACCACACCAAUACUAUAUACAUUCAUCUUCAACUAACUCAACUACCUUUCAAUUUUUCUUUUAUUUUUAUUUGCUCUAUGAACAGUGCGCGGCCACACCUUAGUACAAAAUUAAUUAGCAAACUUGGUAAUUAGUAUAAAUACGUUAGUAACAAAUCGUUGUAAUUAUAUGUUUUUUUCGAAAUUUGAUUUAUUUGACGCCGGUUGGAGAUGGUGUCAGCGGCUGCUGCAGAACAACGAUGGCGCCGUCCACCAGUUGGCUGUCGGUGUUGCGCUCCUCCACUAGGGGUUGCGAGUUUGUCCGGCUCAGAAACUGUCGUUGCCGAACGGGAAGCUUCUAGGCGCCGGCGCGCAGGGAAGAAGCCAACGAACGACGUCGGGUAGCGUUCCCCUUCAUCUGGCGUGAGAGAGAGUGUUGCUGCUGGAUAGAGGAGAGGGGAGGGGGGCCGUUGCAGUAGAUAGGGGUCUACUGUAUCUGCUAAAGGAUCUACAGUAAUAGGGGAGGGGACACUCACGACAACCGUUGAAGACAAUCUAAUACAAUACACGCUGGAGUACCUAUCUACUAGGUCCCUGUGCUUGCUUUUGAUAGUCUUAUUUUCAAAAUUGAGUUUUUUUUCAUUUUUUUGGUAGUCUUUUUUUUUAUUUGAGUUGUGGUCCCAAAUCUGAUAUAAAUGACUGCUUAGCUUAGGUCCCAAUAACUCAUCUAGAAGGAAAAAAAGGAAAAAAAAAGAGACCGGUGCAUGCAUGUAUAUGAAAACAUCAAAAUACCAAAAACAAGGAGUGUUUGAUGAUGUAAUUAAUUAGAUUAUAAGCUGUCCCGGUUAAACUGAGAUAAAGGUCAUUGGGCUCUCUCAAAAUAUCUAGACUGGCCUGGGAGAUUUAGGGUCUGUUUGGUUCACUACCUCAAGGUACCACAGGAGCACCCCCCCCCCCCCCGCUCUCUCAAAAAAUACCCCAAGGUACCCUAACCCGAUCACAUGGCGUUGGGUGGGUAAUUGAGAUAAAGGCCUAUAUAUCUCGCCAGUUUUGGCCGUUUGAAACGGACAAACACGGCCACGUACUAGUAGAUGCAGUUGUUAUGUUUGUUUACCUGCUGUAGGCUGUAGGAGGGAGAAGGAGGACGGAGCGCGCUCUUGAGCGAGCUGCAGUCCAAGAAUUGGUCCGGCCUUCUCCCAUUUGGUUGCCUGGUUGGGUGCCCUGCCGCAUGACUAGCAGCAAGCAGGCAAGCAGCCAUCAUCGCGGCCAGGCCAGCAUGUAAAAAAUGUAGUGCUUGUCCAGCUCAAAAAAUGUCCACCUGCCGUCCGGGGAAGGGAAGUGACCGACUGAAAACCGCACACACUGUGCUCGAGUUUCCAACGAUAGUGGAAGGAAAAAAAAAACAAAGAGAACUACUCCAUUGAACCUUUUUCUGAUGUAUUUAAGAUAAGAAAGAAAUACUACAAGCCAGCUGGUAUUUCAUUGACAGCUGCAAGGGCGCGAUUGUUGCAACGCAGAUGCUGGCCUGCUAAUAAGCUAUGGAGAUCGAGGGGGUCUCCUCUGUCCUCUCCUCUCCUGGGGAACAGCAACACCAGCUGUCAUUGCCAAUAUAAUGGCCAGCAUAUCAUUAGCAGUGCAAAUUGCUAAGUACUACGUAAAGCUCUUCCUCUUCUUUACGACUGGCCCUGCCGUCUGUCUGACUGACUGAGAGAUGAAGAGGGGGGCCCGGGAGGGAGUCAAAAGGGCCGCCCGGGAAAGAGAAAGCAGCGGGCGUGCCGGCUGCCGGCAUCAUUGCGCAGCUGCCGGCGGCGCCCUUUUCCCCUUCUCCGCCCUAGUUGGAAUCCAAGACGCGCGCGGCGGGGGGCUUCAUCUCAUGCUCUAUGAUAUAAUACAGGUAAUUAGUAUAUUAUUGCAGCAGCAAUGGUUUGAGGUGGUAGAUGAUGGAUGAGAGGGCGAGUGGCAGCCAGGCAGGCAUUUCUAGCUGCCUGGGUGUCCAUCUCCUCUCUCUCUCCCCCUUCUUUCUUUCCAUCGUCGUCUUUGUGCCGCUCCAGCUCUCCUUGCAUAUAUCACUCACUAGUCACUACUGCUGCUGCUGUUGUGAGUUGCCUCGUUCUCCCAAAGCCGAGAGAGCAGCUGUAUAUUGCAGGUAGGCCUGAGAGAGAGUAGCAUGCAUGUGACCAUGCUUCUUGGAGCUGCAUGGGGGCAAAGCCUCUCACUACCACUACCAGUUAGUACAAGUGUUUACACUCGCAUGGCACGGAGAGAUCGAGGAACAUAACGGAACGGAAACGACCGGGCCGGCCGGCUGUAGUGCCCUGUCGUGUCAUCGUCUGCGAUUCGUCGUUUUCACGCAAAUCCUGGCCUUAUCUAACGGUUGCAUCUUGUUCACGCCAACGGGCCGCUGAGAGCGCAUUGCACGCCUGUGCUGUGUGCCUGUGAGGGCCUGCAUCGCCUGGCCUCAUGGAAAUAGAAUGGAAAAUGAAAUGUCGGUCCGGGUGGUGAAGGGAUAUGAACAGGGACGGAGGGUGGUAGAAAAUUAAGGGAACAUAUGCAUAUAUAUAUAUAUAUAUAUGGUGUAUAUGAAUUAACAAAUUUUUCAAAAAAAAUCUGAAAUAAAAGCAUACAUUUUUUUCAUCCUACUCCAAUUAUAUAAAAAUUAUCAAAUUCAAAUUCAUUAUACUUAACUUUUUUUUUUAUAAAAUUGGCUAAAAUAUUCUCUCUUUUUUAAUUACAGAUAAAGUAUAACGAAUUUAAACUUAAUUUUUUGUAAAUAAUUGAAGUAUGAUGAAAACUAAUUUGUAUGUUUUUUUGCUAAAAUUAUUAUUAAUUCAUGUGCAUCGUCAAAAUCUCAUGUAAAUGAGAUAUGUUUCUCGGUAGAAAAAACAAACCGAUGCGAACAAAGUUUGCGAUUCUCAAAGCGCCGAUGCGGUCCACCACCACCUCUGCUGCAACGGCUCGGCUGGGGAGCAGAGCACGGCAAGCGAAAUGUGAGAGCUAGGGAGUAUCCAAAGGCCCACCACCACAGAUACACACAUGCCAGGAACUGCUUGCUACAGGUCCCCAACCCCACUCGAGGACAGUACGCCCUGCUGUGGUAACAGUACUAAAAUUUGCUGUAUUUCUCGCAGAAUUUGUGAUGUUAUAUGCGUCAUGUAUGGUACUUAGGGCGGGGUAGAAAGGAAAAGGUUAUGACAACAAAACCUUAUUCCAAGCGAGGUCGAAAACUACAAUACCAACUAAACUUUUAGGGUUAGUUUGGUGGACAGGAAAAUAAGGUUUUGUCAAGAAAAUCUAUCCCUUACCAUUUAAUUUUGAAUAAUAAGGGAAUCUAUCCUCGUAAAAUCCCCUUCAUUUUUUUCCACCAAAGGGACCGUUAUCUUGCCCUGUGGUCACCGUUCUAGAGCGUACAAGAACGCCAAACCUUUUGGGUUAUCUCAUACGAAUGUUUUGUCAAGUAUGUGGAUUGCUUACUUACUAUUUAUGCUCGUGACAUGCUACAUGGCUGGAUUCACACAAAAGAACAGCAUGGCCUGGAUUUCCAUAUUGACUCGCUUGUGAGCGUCAUCCGGAAAGGAACAGAUCAUUUUUUGUGUGCGCGGGGGGCAUCGGGCCAAACCAAAAGCACGGACACCAACCAAAGGCCAACUCAUGAACACCAACAACUAGUGUAGUGUGUAGUUGUGUGCACGCUGGCUUGGUCCCCGUAGCAGAGAACCCCACCCCCAUAAAAGCUCCUCUCCAUUGGCCGAACGCCGAGAGCACCACUCCCUCCCUCCGGCUCCCAACCCCAGCACAGCGCAGCAGCAGUCCUCUCUCCUCUCACUCUACUCCUCCAGCUCCCCACCCCUCUCCCAAAACCUCAGUUCAAUCCCAGGUUUCAAAUCCGCCACCUUUUGGACACACACCACACUUGCCUACCCCCAGAGCUGAGCUAGCUAGCUGCUCUCUCUCUCUCUUUUCACCUAAGCGAGAACAGAGCCCAAGAGGCCUCAAAAGAACCACUGCACUUCCUCCGCAUAGCUCGUCGCCCUCUCUCUCCUAUCAGUCCUCCCAGCUCCAGCUACCACAGCAGCCCUCUCGCUUAAAGGAGGAGGGAGAAGAGGGCGGGGCGAGCAAUGUCGGAGCAGCAGCAGCCAUUGCCGCAGCCUCGGAGCAGCAUGCGGGAGGCUCUGGAGAAGGAGGACAAGGAGAAGGCGGCGGCUGCUGCGGCGGCCAAGGAGAAGGCGGCCGUCCCCAAGAACGGCAACGGCAACGGCGGCAAGAAUGGCGGCGGCGCCGGCAGCGGCAACGGCGGAGCGCCCCCGCAGUCCGGGGAGGAGACGGCCCGCGAGAUCCAGGUGGUCAGGGAGGCGUACCGCCGCGAGACGGCCGCGCCGGCCUACGUCAUACCCGAGGAGCCGCCGGCCGUGGUCGAGCUCGUCGGCUGGUACAUCUACGGCUUCUGCUCCUACUUCAUCACCCACCUGCUGCUGCCGGUCCUCUUCCCGGCCAUCAUCACGCAGGUCGCCUUCCCCAACUCCGACUUCACGCCCGACCCCAAGUACACCCUCAAGGGCGUCACCUGCUCCGUCCACGAGAUGUCCAUGUACCAGAGGCUUACCAAGCACUCCAUUGUGAUCGAUGGAUCCCGGAUGUCACCAUUGGGCUGGAGUGGACUGUCGUGGGCAAUCGGCAUCCUCAUCGUGGCGCCGCUCCUCACCCAGACCGCUCACCAUCUCGACCGUGGCCAGUACCAGUCGCUGAUCCUCAUUGCCGCCACGUCCUUCGGGUCCUUCUUCUGCCUGCUAACAGGCUUCUUCAAGACGGUCUGGGUGUUCCUGUUCUACAUCCUCUUCAUCGCUGGCUCGAUCAUCGUCGCUGAGGCGGUGCACACCCGCAACCUUGGGCUGAUGAUCCGUGGCCUGGCUGCGCAUGACUCGGGCAAGCACCUUGUCCUUCGCCGCCGCGCUGCUGCCAGCCAGCUCAGCCUGUACUGCACUGCCAUAGGAGGCAUUGGAGCUGCCCUCAUGGCAGCUUUCAUGUACCACAUGCUGCGGCGCACUGACCAGCUCACUGGCCUCUGGGUCGUGUCCAUCUUCUGUGGCCUUAUCUGGUUCAUCGGCAUCUGCCAUGGCCUCUUCACAAACAGGCCCAGCAGCUCGUCACCCACCACCGCAUUCGAGCCCAACUUCUUCACCAAGCUCAGCUACAGCAUGACCCUCCUCCGUUACCCGCAGGCCAUUGGCAGCCUGGUUGCGGUGUUCCUGUCCUCUUUCGCCACAAUGUGCAUCUUCACCAGCGGCACGCUCUAUGCUAUCGGUGGUGUCUGCAUCAAGCCGGUGCUCGUGCUUGCGCUAUGGAUCCUCUACUUUCUGUUCCCCUUGAUCUCGCUCCCGCUCCUCCACCCGAUCCAGAUCAUAAUCCGCGCGGACGCCGUGCGCAUGCAGCUGCUCGGGUUCAUAAUCUGCCUGUUCGUGUCCGGUGCCGGGUUCUACUUCAAGAGCCACAGGUGGAGGGCUGCCCACAUCAUCGUCAUCGCCCUGGUCCAGAGCACCGCCAAUGGCAUACUGUACGCGUUCGGCCGCAUCCUGCUCCUCGAUGCCUCGCCGCCGGGGAAGGAGGGUGCGUUCUCGGUCUGGUACGCGUUUGUUCGUGUCACCGGUGCCAUGAUCGGCUUCGCUGCCUCCUCCGCUGGCCCUGGGCGCGCGGGAGGGUCCUUUGCUGCUGCGUUCCUCGGGAGCUUCCUGGGCAUCAUCGUGCUGAUCUUCGGCAACGUCAGCAACAUCGGGGCGCUGAAGGCGGCCGGGCACCUCAAGGGGAUGGACGACGAGAAGAGGAUGGGCGGUCUCGGGAUGGAGAAGGGCGAGGGCAUGGGUAGCGCCGUCGCUGAUUCUGGCGAGAGCAGGGGGAGGGUAUGAUGAUGACUAUUCGUGACAGUGAAUUCCUGGGAGGUGGGGGAGAAAAGGAUUGCGUCCUGUGGAGGUUGUGCUUGUGAGAAGGAUUUGUUCUCUCUUUUUUUUCUUGUUUCUUUGGCCGUGUUUCAGUGACACUGUUGAUGGAUCCCAGUGCUUCGCCCGUUUGAUGCAUCAUGGUGGUGGUGGUGAUGAUGGAUGACAUAGUGGUAGGGGAGUGUGUGCUAGUUGUUAAUGUGUUAUUUAUUCUUUUGCUUGCAAGACAAUUGUAACUGAUGAUCGUUAGAUCAUAUGGUUCUUCCUUCGUUCUUCACCCGCCCCCAAAGUCUCUUGCAGUAAAGCUUCAUUCAUGAUUCA